CCGGAAGCGGCGCGGGGGGUGGGUUGUCCCCCAAGGCAGGGCGGCGAUGCUGGGGCUCCAGCCUGCCCGGGCCGAAGUGCUGGGUCUGGGCGUGCUCAGCGAGAGAACGCACUCUGCACAUGCUCGGGGGGUGCGCUCUUUCCUCCGUCACCUUUCCACACGUGUCGGGUCUAAGCCCUGGUAAGCCGUAGCCCUGGCUCCCAAAAAGAAAGGCGAAAAGAAAGCUGGCGGUGGCAAGAAGAAAGGUGCAAAAGGCUCACCAGUGGUGGAUGCCGUCGCCCCGGAAGGCAUGAGCAAAGAGCAGCUGGAAGACCACAUCGGCCGCAUUCGGGAGGAGCUGGACCGCGAGCGGGAAGAACGGAACUACUUCCAGCUGGAACGAGACAAGAUCCAUACUUUCUGGGAGAUCACUCGGCGGCAGCUGGACGAGAAGAAGGCUGAACUGCGCAACAAGGACCGCGAGAUGGAGGAGGCCGAAGAGCGCCACCAAGUGGAGAUCAAGGUUUACAAGCAGAAGGUGAAGCACCUGCUGUAUGAGCACCAGAACAAUGUCACGGAGCUGAAGGCGGAGGGCACAGUGGCUAUGAAGCUGGCCCAGAAGGAUCACCGAUCCCAGGAGAUGGAGCUGCGUAAGGAGAUGCGCACCUUGAAGGUGGAGCUGAAGGAGCAGGAGCUUGCCAAUGAGAUGGUUGCGAAGAACCUCCGGCUGAAACAACAAGAAGAGAUGACGCGGCUGCGCAAUGACUUUGAGAGGCAAGUGAAAGAGAUCGAGGCCAAAUAUGAGAAGAAGAUGCGCGUCCUUCGUGAUGAGCUGGACCUGCGCAGGAAGACAGAAAUCCACGAGAUCGAGGAGAGGAAGAACGGGCAGAUCAACACGCUGAUGAAGAAUCACGAGAAGGCCUUCAGCGAUAUCAAGAACUACUACAAUGACGUCACUCUUAAUAACCUAGCACUCAUCAACACCCUUAAGGAGCAGAUGGAGGAGAUGAAGAAGAAGGAGGACCACCUGGAGAAGGAGAUGGCCGAAGUGCUGCUGCAGAACAAAAGGCUGACGGAGCCACUGCAGCGAGCCCGCGACGAGGUGGCCGAGCUGCAGAGGAAACUGGCCCACUACGAGAAGGACAAGGCCAUGCUGGCGAGCACACAAGCCCGUUUGAAAGUCACUGAGAAGGAACUGAAGGAUCUCCAGUGGGAACACGAAGUGCUGCAGCAGAGGUUCACCAAGGUGCAGGACGAGCGAGAUGAGCUGUACCAGAAAUUCACCAAGGCCAUUAAUGAAGUGCAGCAGAAAACUGGCUUCAAGAACUUGUUGCUGGAGCGGAAGCUUCUGGGCCUCUCCAGCCUCCUGGAGAAGAAGGAGGUGCAGCUCAACGAGGUCCUUGCUGCCUCCAACCUCGACCCUGGUGCCCUCAACGUGGUCACCCGCAAGCUGGAGGACGUGCUUGACUCGAAAAACAACGCCAUCAAGGACCUGCAGUAUGAGCUGGCCAGAGUGUGCAAGGCGCACAACGACUUGCUGCGGACGUAUGAAGCCAAGUUGUCCGCCUUUGGGAUCCCCUUGGACAAUUUGGGUUUCAAGCCUCUGGAGACCUCCGUGAUGGGCCACUCGCUGGGCCAGGGCCCUGCUGGAUUUGUCUCAACCCCCACGUAGCAGAGCCCGGCCUCGUCCUUUGGAAUGCCUUCAACCUGAGCCUUUCGUGCAAGCAAGCUGGCGUCCCCCUCGCUCCUGCUGGGGCCAUGGAGGAGGAGGGAGCAGCUCCUCGGAAAGAGAUGGGGGCUGGCCCAGCCCUCUUUUGUAUUAAAGGGGCCCUGUGAUUGGCUUUUCAUUCCCAGUCUCUGCAGAGGCUCCCUUUUUCUUCCGACCCCCUUGAGGAGAAGGCUUGGAGAGUGUGAGAACCGCCCUCCUCUUGGUUAACCAGCUCCUGGGCCUCUUUAUCUCACUUUAUCAAGAGCAGCGACUGCACUCCCCUCCUGUGCUGUCCACACAAGCAUCAUCCAACAUAGGAAGAGCCUGCUGGAUCGGACCAAAGACAGCCCAUCUAGUCCAGCUUCCUCUUGCUGACAGUGGCCAAGCAGGUGCCCUAACAGGAAGCUGGCUAGCAGGGCAUGAGUGCAACAGUAGCCCUCUCCCCAUUCAUGGUGCCCAACAACUGGUGCAGUCUGACCUAAACUGUAGAGCAGGAGAGGGGAACCUUUGGCCCUCCAGAUGGUGCCAAACCAGAACUCCCAUCAUUCCUGGCUGCUGGCCGUGCUUUUUGGAGCUGAUGAGAUUUGUAGUUCAGCAACAUCUGGAGGGCCUGCUGUAGAGUGUGCACAUGUGUAAAGGGCCCAGACUCUGUUCAUGGCCUCUCCGGUUUAAAACAAGAGGCUUACCAGUGUCAGUCUUUGGGUUAGUCUCAUGUUUACUGAGAGAGAGCCUGACCGUUGUGCCAGAGGCCACAGCUCCAGCCCUUGAUCCAUAGUGUCACGCUGGCCCUCAGAACAGGCCCUCUGGUUGGCUGGAGCAACCCCCCUCCACGCAGCCCUUUCUCUCUUCCUAGUUCCCCCUGUAGGUGGAGUAGCCAUAGGGACUGAGCAGCAGAGGGAUGUGCACUUUUUGUUCCGCCUUUGUGAUGGUGAAGACGACCUGGAAGGGAGAGAGAUGAGCGAUGCUGAAGGGGAAGGCGGGGAACAGCAGGAGGGCGGGAGAGCUCUUUGGUUUGGGGUGGGGAGAUCCUGCCCUCCCCCCCAUCGGUUGCACCGGACCUAGGCCACGAGAGAACAGUUGGCAGGGGCCACGAACCCCUGACCCAAAGCCCCUCUAGUGCCACAGCACCAGCGAAUGUUCAGCUUUGUGCUCCUUCAGGGGUAUCCGUGGGCAACGUCUGCCUUGCCUGGCUUCUCCUGCCGACCCCAGGGCCUCUUCCUGCAAGUUUCUCCACCAGCGUGAGUGGCUCCAGGGCCGUGAAGCACUGAGGGACUACAAAGCUUCAUAGUUUCUGAAGUUUACACUAAUUUCUCCCAUUCCAAAAUUCCCCUCUCCUGCCAGUGUAGCUGCAGGAAGGCAUCUGCCAAGGGGCGGUGAAUGGUGCCCAGUGUCAGCACCAGUCCUCCCUGUGUGCCACUGAGCCCUCCCCUCUUCCAGCUGUGGGUUUCAUCUGGGAACGAAACUUACCUCCACAUAAGGGUAGAAGCUGGUGUAUCCCUGUUUCUGCCAAUACUCCCCUGUCUCAAAGUGCACCUUGUAGGUGCCAGGCUUCAGGGUCCUGGGCAACUGGCUGCUCAUGUCCAAGCGCCCGUCUGUGUUUGUUGUGCUGGAACAGAAGCAGAUGCGGCUGAAGCUGCAGCACCAGCAGCACCAGCCCUGCAGAGGGAAGGGUGUCUCACUUCGUCUCCUCCUACCUCCUCAUGAGCUCUGCCCACUGCUUUUGGAGACCCUCCAGCUGAGAGAGGCGCAUGGCCAGGCCUGUUGCAGGGAGGCCGGUGAGCAAGUUCAGCGCAUGGGCAGUCAGGAUAGUGUGGCGGAAGCACUCCUCCUCGGAAGCAGCAACCUGGGAUUCAGAAUUGGGAGCCGGGUGAAGCAAAGGCCUUCCCCUGCCUGUUCCCGUUCCGUUGCCCUGCACAGGAAGGUCUUCGUGCCAGCCCUGGGACUUGGGCAAGCAGCCUUUGGCCUUGGUUUGCCAGGCUCUUCCUUGCUACCGUUGCAACCACCUGUUUUUUAAUUUGUCCAGCCUACAUUUUUGCCUUUCUCCCAAGCGGUGUGUUGGGGGGGUCCUCUGAGUCAUGGGGGGAGGAGGAAUGUGCCUGUUGGUCACACACACCCUGCUGCUGGAUGCCCCCCCCCCAGUUGUACAUUCAGCCCCUACAAGCUGCGCUGGCUUCAGGGUGGCUGUUUUUUUUGUGGGGGGAGGGGAGCUUAUGGAUCAGAUGCCUUCAGAGGACCCUGCUUGCUGAUAAGAACAGAAGAAGAACCUUCUGGAUCAGGCCAGUGGCCCACCUAGUUCAGCCUCCUGUUCCCACAGUGCCCAACCAGAUGCCCAUUAUGGGAAGCCUUCCAGCAGGGCCUCUCGCUGCUGUUACCACCGCCCAGUCUCUUCCGCUCUUGGGGCCCAAACAACAGCCCUGCCGUUUGUGCAGGGUGGACAGGUGGUGAUGGGAAGGAGGAGGUCCAGGGGCCCCGAGGGUCAGCAGUGGGGGCCCUUUGCUGGGAGGGUGGGCCUUGGCAGGUCCCUUACAAGGCCAGCCCUUGCGCCUGGCCCUGCUCAUGCCUGGCCCAAUCAGGAUCCCGCUUGCCACAUGGAGGAGCGCUCCCACAUUUGGAGUCAGGCCACUGGUGUUGUCUUGUCUCCACAGACCAGCAGAGCGUUUCUCUAGGGAUUCAGACAGAGGUCCUUCCCAGUCAUGUCUGAAGAUACUGUGGAUUGAAUCUUGGACCACUGGGCUGUGGCCUCUUUCCACUCUGCAGGUGGGCUACACAGGGACAACAUGCCCCCCCUACAUAAUUUCAGUGCAUAAAAGAUUUGAGUAAAAUACACCCCUCCAAGGGACUUGCUCUACCUUUUUUCAUCUUGCCCCUCUCUGUGAAGCCCAGCUGUUUCAAACUCUUUUGAGGAGGGGGGAUUUCUGCCUUCGUACUCAAGGUGUGUUUACUCCCUGGCCGCAGAACGUUGCUUAGCUUUCUGACACCCCACCCCAGAAGCCUCAAGAGGGCGCAAUGGGGCAGCCCAGCUUCGUACUUUUCUGGAGCAGCCAGGAAUUCACAUUUCCUAGUGAAACUCCAAAGCAAGAGGGCUAUCCCUGCGCUUGGGCUGAGCCCACCCAUCCUCCUGGGGUCUCACAGCCUCUCCCUUGGUCCCUCCGAGGCAAGUGGUUUCUCUGAUCCAUGCCAGGGACCUUCCUUCCUCAUCCAGCCCCCUUUGUAAGUGCCACUUUCUCCUCACCCUCCCAGCAGGCUGGCAGCCAGACAUGACCCCGCGGAAAGAGUUAACCCUUUGGAUACCCCAAGGGAGGGCUCAAGCAGAUGCCCACGACAGCAUGAGGAAGGGGCCAGCUCAUUUCAGGGGCUGUCUCUCCAGCCAUAGAUAGCAUCCUCUGUAUGUAAAAAAUAUUUUUGUAGCUCUUCCAGUUUUGUGCCAGAAUAAAAUGCAGCAAGCACCCACUGGGAGGGCCAGCGAUACUAACUCUCGUGCCCCAUCAAAAAGAGAGGAGGAGGGUAGAGGAUCAGUCACGCUCUUACCUCCAUGGGUGGGGUCCCAGUCCUGAUGCUAAUAAUCGCUGUUGCUGUGGUGCUCAAGCCUGCCCCUAGCAUAUCUGUAGCCCCCAGAAUCAGAGUGUAUUUGGAAGGGUUCUGUAAGCAAACAAUUCUAUUAGUGGGUGUGUUUUUUUGUGGGGAGAGUCAAAGCCCGAUGUUACAGAGAAGCAGCAGCUUUCUAUAGAAGACGCUGAGGGAGUCUUGCUGACCAAGGGGCUACCGGGACUUCAAAAUUCAAGAACUGAAAUGAGCACAGCUGUAGUUCUAGACCACCCUCAAAAUUAUCUGGGAAGUCUGUGGAUUGUUUUGUCUUGCUCAAGGCACAAAAGUUUUGUCUCGCAAGACAGGCUAGAGGAGGAAGGUGUUCGGCAUUGGUGGAGCUGCACAUGCUUGAAUCCACUUCAGGAUGGGCAGAAGGAUGCAGGGAUUCAUUUUGGCAGAUGAAGGCAUCUGUACUUGUAGGCUGCAACACGUGUUUAUGGGCAUAUGUGAAAACAGACAGAGGUCACUUUGCAUCUUUGGCUAGCUAUGCUAUAAUACUUAGAACUACAGGGUUAGAAGUAUCCCUGGAGGUCAUCUAGUCCAGCCUCUGGCUCAGAGCAGGAUCCGGAAUGCAGGAUACAACUACAGCCUCCCUAACAGGGGACCAUCCAGUCUCUGCUUAAAUACUUGCUGCUCAGGAGAACCCCACCACUUCCUGAGGCCACCUGCUCCACUGUCAGACAACUCUUGCUGCUUGGAGGUCUUGCCAAGUGUUCAGAUGAAAUCUUCCCUGCAAUUUCCACCUCUGGGUUCUAGUCCUGCCCCUGGAGCAACAGAGGCCAGGUCUGUUCCAUCUUCUGCUCAGCAGCCCUUCAGAUAGCAGAAGACGGCGCUCGUGUUUUCCAUUCCUCCAGAGGAAGCCUGCCCUGCCCUUUCGAUGUGGAUUGCAGGCCCCUCGCCGUCCUGCUUAGUCCCCCCACUGCCCUUCUGUUCCCCCAUGGUGUGCUCUAGGGCACAGGGUUUCCAUUCAGAAUGAAGCACAGGAGACUGCAGAGCCAAGGGCCUUGAAGGGGAUAUUAUUUGGCAUCAUGCCAUCUCCUCACUCGCUCCAGCCAGCGCUCAGCCACUCACCUCUUGGAGAAGGCCUGGUGUGCUCACACUGAUGACCCCUGUUUCAUUGUUGAUGCCAAACAUGGGGCUGUGUGGCUGUGCGGGGUGCUGGCUGAGGAUGGAGUAGGUAAUGACCCCAUGGAAAGUAUCCACAGUAUCAUCUUUAUCAGUGGCUGACACUUGCAUCACAGAGGUACCUGAGUGGGUGCACCACAAAGGUGAAAGGUCAGUUUCUGAAAUAUUUCUCCCCCUCCUUGACACCAACAGUCAGAUCAUCCCAGCUUAGAGGCUGAGCCGUCUCUGUCCCGGGUGGCUCCAAAUUUACUUUUCAGCCUCUGACUGCAUGCAAACCAUGAAGCAGAUGGGCAUGAUCUGCACUGCUUUGCAGCCACAAAUAACUGGGCUCAAUAGGAGCUGCCUGGUCCACACAGAGGGAAAGAAGUGCAGCUAGGACCCUGGGUGGUUUUGCACACAGCAUUAUACCCUUCCCUGUGUGUGUGAAUGCCCCAUCCAUAAAGAAUGGGAGGUUUCAUACACUCUCUGUCACCAGUUUGUGUCUGUGUGCAACGAGAUGGACAGGAUACGUACCUGCUGUGGCUCCUUCUGCUAUGGAUCCACAGAAGAGACUCUGAGUGAACUGGGGCCUGUUGUCAUUCUGAUCCUUCACACGGAUGAUGAUCUCCAUGGGGUCCACCAGGGGCUGCCCAUUUGCAGUUUGAGCAUGAAUUAAGAG